AAAAUCUGUAGUCAUUUCUUGUUUUUAAAAAAAAUCUGUAGUCAUUAAUUUUAAGAAAAUUAACACACAAACAGACUCUCUCUCUUGCUCUGUUUCUCUUUUCUCUCUCUAUCCCUGUCUCAUAUCGGGCUAUCUAUCAGCUGCUGGCUUCUCAAAUCUUCGUCUCGCUUUGUCUUUGGUUUCUCUCUCUUCUCUCUUUCUCCCUCUAUCUCUUUCACUUACAAUGCGCUGUUAAUGAGUUUGAUGUCUCACCCCACAAAACGCUCCUCAGCCAUCAACAACAACACCAUUAGCAGCACCUCCUCCUCUCUCAACCCUUCUUCAGGCCCACCCAUGAAAAAGGCCAAGUCUCAGGCCGUCGCCUGUUCCCUCGAUCCCAGCAAGAAUGGCCUCCACCACCACCACCACCACCAUCCCCACACUCACCCUUCUCAGGACUCCGAUAACGACGUCGUAUUCGACCCCUCUACCAUGGCCCUCGACGAAGAUCUCAAGUCCGACGACCCCUCUUCCCGUGCCGUCGCCGCCAAUUUGUCCCGCAAAAAGGCCCAGCCCCCUCAGCCUACCAAGAAGCUCGUCAUCAAGCUCCUGAAAGCCAAACCCACGUUGCCCACAAAUUUUGAAGAGGAAACAUGGGCAAAGUUGAAGUCAGCCAUUUGCGCUAUAUUUUUAAAGAAACCUGAUUCUUGUGACUCAGAGAAGCUUUAUCAGGCUGUUAAUGAUCUUUGCCUGCACAAGAUGGGAGGAAGUCUUUAUCAACGAAUUGAAAAGGAGUGUGAAAGACACAUAGCUGCAGCACUGCAAUCUUUGGUUGGCCAGAGUCCAGACUUGGUGGUUUUUUUAUCACUUGUUGAGAGAUGCUGGCAAGAUCUUUGUGACCAGAUGUUGAUGAUUCGUGGUAUAGCCUUGUAUCUUGAUAGAACAUAUGUGAAACAAACACCAAAUGUGCGUUCAUUGUGGGACAUGGGACUGCAGCUUUUCCGCAAACAUCUUUCUCUCUCUCCAGAAGUUGAGCACAAAACUGUCACGGGCCUCCUAAGACUGAUCGAGAAAGAAAGAUUGGGUGAAGCGGUGGCUAGGACCCUGCUUAACCAUCUUUUGAAGAUGUUUACAGCUUUAGGAAUCUACUCAGAAAGCUUUGAGAAGCCAUUUCUUGAGUGCACUUCGGAAUUUUAUGCCGCUGAAGGUAUGAAAUACAUGCAGCAAGCAGAUGUUCCAGAUUACUUGAAGCAUGUGGAGACAAGGUUGCAUGAAGAACAUGAAAGAUGUUUAAUCUACCUGGAUGCAAGUACAAGGAAGCCAUUAGUUGCAACAGCCGAAAAGCAGCUUUUAGAACGCCAUAUACCUGCCAUUCUCGACAAGGGAUUUACAUUGCUGAUGGAUGGGAAUCGAAUUGAGGAUCUUCAAAGGAUGUACACUCUUUUCUCUAGAGUCAAUGCCCUUGAAUCAUUGAGGCAAGCGCUUAGCACAUACAUUCGGAGGACAGGGCAGGGCAUGAUCAUGGAUGAAGAAAAAGAUAGAGAAAUGGUUUCUUCCCUUUUGGAAUUUAAGGCUUCUCUUGACACUAUAUGGGAAGAAAGCUUUUUCAAGAAUGAAGCAUUUUGCAACACCAUAAAGGAUGCAUUUGAGCAUCUUAUUAAUCUCCGUCAGAACCGACCUGCUGAGCUGAUUGCAAAGUUUUUGGACGAGAAGCUUCGUGCUGGGAAUAAGGGUACUUCUGAAGAGGAAUUGGAGGGAAUGCUGGAUAAAGUCUUGGUUUUAUUCAGGUUUAUACAGGGGAAGGAUGUAUUUGAAGCAUUUUAUAAGAAGGAUAGUGCUUCUAUCGACGCAGAGAAAUCUAUGAUUUCCAAGUUGAAGACUGAGUGUGGCAGUCAGUUUACGAACAAACUCGAAGGAAUGUUUAAGGAUAUUGAACUGUCAAAAGAGAUAAACGAGUCCUUCAAACAAUCAUCCCAGGCCAGGACAAAGCUCCCGUCAGGGAUUGAGAUGAGUGUUCAUGUCCUAACGACUGGGUACUGGCCAACAUAUCCUCCCAUGGAUGUUAGACUUCCUCAUGAAUUGAAUGUCUACCAGGAUAUCUUCAAAGAGUUUUACUUAAGCAAGUACAGCGGUAGGCGUUUAAUGUGGCAAAAUUCAUUAGGUCACUGUGUGUUGAAAGCAGAGUUUCCCAAGGGCAAAAAGGAGCUUGCAGUUUCUCUGUUUCAGACUGUUGUGUUGAUGCUGUUUAAUGAUGCUGAGAAGCUAAGCCUUCAAGACAUUAAGGAUUCAACUGGCAUUGAGGACAAGGAACUGAGAAGAACUCUGCAGUCCCUUGCAUGUGGAAAAGUUCGCGUCCUGCAAAAGUUUCCCAAAGGGAGAGAUGUGGAGGAUGACGAUACAUUUACGUUCAAUGACGGAUUUACUGCUCCUCUCUACCGCAUAAAGGUGAAUGCAAUCCAAAUGAAGGAAACAGUGGAGGAGAACACGAGCACCACUGAAAGAGUAUUUCAAGACCGCCAAUAUCAGGUUGAUGCUGCCAUUGUUCGGAUAAUGAAAACUAGGAAGGUGCUGAGCCACACUCUUCUGAUAACAGAACUGUUCCAACAGCUUAAAUUUCCGAUAAAGCCGGCAGAUUUGAAGAAAAGGAUUGAAAGCCUGAUUGACAGGGAGUACCUAGAACGGGACAAGAACAACCCUCAAAUUUACAACUACCUAGCGUAAGAAAAUAAAAGAAAAAAAUUGCAGCAGAUUUUGAAGUUUCUCCAUGUAAAUGACACGGGAAUAUCUCUUCUAUCUUCAAGAGGAACAGGAGGGAAGAGGGAAGAGGCACAGGAUGUGAAGUCCAGUCCCCUGUCUGUCUUUGUUUUUAUGUACAGUGACCUUGGUAGUUUUUUUUUUCCUUUUUUUUUUCAAUUUUUGUUGCGGUCAAUACUGAUUGUAAAGAACUUUUUAGUCUCCCCUUUCAUAUUUAUAUUCCUGCGAAAGAGUCUAGUACUUGAAGAAAUCAAUUGCAGAUAUUUUUUUUCUUCUU